CCAGCUUCUUUUUUCAUAACCAGGAGCUCGCGGUGUCAGAGAGCCUCUAAUCACAGAGAAACCCGCAGCGGUCACCUCCUCGGCAGCGAUAAACACAACCAACUUAACGGACUCGCAGGUAAUAUCGUUCGAUGCGCCCCGUUUCAUCUCAACGCAAAACGCAAAUCGGCGCAAAAAAACAACGAAGGAAUAUUUAACAACCCCAACACGGCCGCUAUGGGGGACCAUCAAACGAACGCGACCACGACGUCCACGACGGAGGACCUGUGCGAGAUGGAAUGCAGCGUGCUCAAGCGGCUGCUGAAGGACGACGGCGACAAGUGUAUGCUGCUCGACUGCCGCUCAUUCCUCGCGUUCAGCGCGGGCCACGUCCGCGGCGCCGUCAACGCGCGCUGCAACAGCAUCGUGCGGCGUCGCGCGAAGGGCGCGGCGCUCAGCCUGGAGCGCAUCCUGGCCGGGGAUGAGGAGGCGCGGGCCCGGCUCACCGCGGGGCUGUAUUCCGCGGUGGUGCUGUACGACGAGCGCAGCGCGGACGCCGAGUCGGUGCGGGAGGACAGCACGCUGACGCUCGUGCUGAACGGGCUGUGCACGGACGCCCGCGGGACGAACGUGUUCUUGCUCAAAGGCGGCUACGACCGGUUCUUCAGCGAGUACCCGGAGUACUGCCUGAAGACCAAGGCUCUACCGCCCCUCAGCAGCCAGUCCAGCCUGGACUCGUCCUGUUCGUCCUGCGGAACACCUCACCACGACCAGGGGGGCCCGGUGGAGAUUCUCCCCUUCCUGUACCUGGGCAGCGCGCUGCACGCGUCCCGGCGCGACGUCCUGAACACGGUGGGCAUCUCGGCGCUGCUCAACGUGUCCUCGGACUGCCCCAACCACUUCGAGGGGGACUACCAAUACAAGAGCAUCCCAGUGGAGGACAACCACAAGGAGGACAUCAGCUCCUGGUUCCUGGAGGCCAUCGAGUUCAUAGACUCGGUGCGGGACUCAAGCGGGCGUGUGCUGGUCCACUGCCAGGCAGGCAUCUCCCGCUCGGCCACCAUCUGCCUGGCCUACCUGAUGAAGAGGAAGAGGGUGCGUCUGGACGAGGCCUUCGAGUUCGUACGCCGGCGCCGCAGCAUCAUCUCCCCCAACUUCAGCUUCAUGGGCCAGCUGCUGCAGUUCGAGUCCCAGGUGCUCGCCACCUCCUGCGCCGCCGCCGCCGCCGCCAGCCCCCUACUGGGGCCCAAGUCAGCCUCCUCACUGGGGCUGGGUGGCUCCAGGCCGGCCACGCCCACCUCGCCCUUCAUCUUCAGCUUUCCCGUGUCGGUGGUGGUGAACCCCGGCUACCUGCACCACGGCGGCCCCCUCACCACGUCGCCCGGCUACUGAGGGGCCGCCCGGACCCCGCCUCCCCCUGAGGGGAGGGACCGAGUCAUGGCUAGGCCGUCAUUGGCCAGUCUGAUCAGUCAAUCCCGUGGACGGAUGGCGCUUGGCGCUCCAGUGGGGGGCAGGUGAACUGGUGGCGGUGGGAGAACUGGUGACGGACUGAAAGAGACCUUGAUACGAGGCGGUGGCCAGCGAUGGUCCGGUACCGUCUGCUCCCGUCCACCGGGGAUCGGUUCAAAUGGAGCAGGAACGGGUUGAGCUUAUUUUUUACCGUGAAAACCAGUUUAAAGACACUGAACUCACUGCAGAUACAAAGCACUCUCUCUCAAGACACACAUACACACAUUCACCAGGAGCAAGUGAAUGAACUCAGUA